GCCCGAAUCGGGUCGAGGGAUGUGUAUAAAGAUGCCAUAUAACUCCCGCCAGUCAAUACGGAUCUUCUCCCCCAUCAUCACAACACACAACCAACAACCAACCAACCUACAGUCUUUCCUUAUCUUUCAUUUUCUUUCCUUCUUUCCUUUGUUCUUUGGGCCCAACUGCUCGACACUCUUUCCAGCAUCUAAUAAGAAAACACUUAAUUCCAAAAGCUUCAACCGCAAAUCACAUAUCCAACAAUGCAUUCCAAAGCCGUCGUCCUUUCUCUUCUUGCCGCUUCCGGCGCUCUUGCUGCUCCCCACAGCCGUCGCUACUAUGACGACAAGGUCACCGUCGCCCUUAGCGAUGGAGGUGAAACCGGCGCCCAGGUGACCCUCGAAUCAACGGUCCGAGACAUGGGGGCCCCGGCCAUCAGUGGUCCGUUCAACUCGAUCGAGAUCCGAUUGGGCGAGGAUGUCCAGAACCAAGAGCUCCGUUGCCAGGCUCUCGACAACUACGGAUAUCCCAUCGUGGCCACCCGCGGCACCAACAUUGACACCACCUUCUCCGAUGCCGACAAGGGUCCUUGGACCUUCCGCCAGGCCAGCUAUGUCAGCGAGGUUGUCUGCGACCCUACCUUUGUGAAGAUCGACCCGGCCUCUGACGAGCUCAACCUGCGCGUCAUUCUCGAAAGCCAAUCCACCGAGACCGGCUCGCAGACAUCCCUCCCUGCCGGAUACCGCGCCGAGUCCGCCCCCGUCGCCACGAGCGGUCCCUUUGAAACCGUCGAACUCUCAGUCGGGUCGUUGGUCGAGCAGCAGAACUACCGCUGCCAGAUCCUCGAUCUCUACGGCAACCCUCUGGUCGUCCUCAGAGGCGCGAACAGAGACAUCACCUUCUCUGACGCCGAUAAGGGUGCUUGGACCUUGGAGACCCCCAGCGAGGUCAGCGAGAUCAUUUGCGAUCCUACCUUUGCAUGAGCGAUGACAGGUGAUGUUCGAGUUGGCAGGACAGGAGGAGAGGACAUAGGUGGCUGGCAAGUGAUGGCAUAGAUGGGUCUGGUUAUUUGAGUUGCAUAGCGAUUGGCGUUUUGUUUUUCUUGUUAGCAUCAGCGACCGGCGUUAUAUAAUUUUCUGAUUUAAUAGACACUCCUUUAGCAACAUAUAGUCACAAGAACUUAUUCUGUGAUCCAGACGAUGCGCACAGUCUUGUUAUUCUUGAAAUGAUGGGCUCUAAUUGAACAGGUAGCGAGAUGAGGUUCGAGGCAGAGGACUACAAUCGGGAACUCGCGAGCUAUCUAUAAGCUCCUCCGUAGACUACGGUCUACUAUCUCC